AUGUUUCUAAAAGUGUACAUUAACUUUUAUUCUAUCCAGUUUAAAAACAGCUGUUCUUUGUCCUUAAUAAGAUGGUUUUGUUUGACAGCACCAAUACUUCUGGCCUUAGUAGCAGGAGAAGCAGCUGGGAUCAUGGAAAAUAUCAGUGAUGAUGUUAUAGUCGGACGUUGUUUAGCCAUUCUCAAAGGGAUAUUUGGAAGUAGUGCAGUUCCACAGCCAAAGGAAACUGUUGUGAGUCGGUGGCGUGCUGAUCCAUGGGCCCGUGGUUCUUACUCUUAUGUAGCAGCUGGUUCUUCUGGGAAUGAUUAUGACUUAAUGGCUCAACCAAUUACUCCAGGUCCUGCCAUUCCUGGAGCACCUCAGCCUAUCCCUCGCUUGUUCUUUGCUGGUGAGCACACCAUCAGGAAUUAUCCAGCUACAGUUCAUGGAGCUCUCCUGAGUGGUUUGAGAGAGGCAGGACGUAUUGCUGAUCAGUUCCUUGGUGUCAUGUACAAUAUACCUCGUCAACCCACCACUGGGGGUCCUGCACCAACCAUGUAG